GUCAGCCAAUCAACUACAAUUUGUAAAGUGAAACUACAUGUGACUUGCCGGGAGCUCUGAAAGCCAUGGGGACACAGGACUGGCUGAUUAGUCUGACGGCGGGGGGUACAGCCGGCAUGUGCGUUGACCUCGUUCUGUUUCCUCUUGACACUAUUAAAACUAGACUGCAGAGUCCUCUUGGCUUCUACAAAUCCGGUGGUUUUCGUGGAAUUUACGCAGGAGUUCCGUCCACAGCGGUUGGCUCAUUUCCCAAUGCUGCUGCCUUUUUUGUUACGUACGACUUUGUAAAAAAUCUGCUGCAUCCCGGCCCUUCUUCAUACCUGUCUCCAUUAAGUCACAUGGCAGCUGCGUCUCUUGCAGAAGUGGUCGCCUGCCUUAUCCGUGUGCCUUCUGAGGUUAUUAAGCAAAGGGCGCAAGUUUCACCGUCCUCCACGACUUAUCAGAUGUUUGCCAAGACCUUACGCCAAGAGGGUAUGCGAGGACUGUAUCGGGGAUAUAAAAGCACAGUACUGAGAGAGAUUCCGUUCUCCUUGGUGCAGUUUCCUCUGUGGGAGUUUUUGAAAGAUUUGUGGUCAGCGAAGCAAGGCCAUAUGGUUGAUUCUUGGCAGUCGGCCGUCUGCGGAGCUUGUGCAGGGGGAUUUGCAGCUGCCGUUACCACACCCCUGGACGUAGCAAAGACACGAAUUAUGUUGGCGAAGACGGGCUCCAGUACAGCGAGAGGAAAUGUCCUGUUUGCCCUAAACGCAAUAUGGAGGACGCAGGGAGUCGCUGGGUUAUUUGCUGGCAUUAUCCCAAGAAUGACCGCGAUUAGUCUGGGUGGGUUUAUAUUCCUUGGAUCUUAUGACAAAGUGCGGAGUUUGCUGCUCUAAUGCCUGGAAAAGAAAAAUCCCUAUGGACAUUGUUGGGAAAAUUAAAGGGAUACGAAAUCCAAAA